AUGGGGAGGAAGUGAGGAAAAGUCACUUUCGGUUCCCCGCGAAACUACUUUUAUUAAACCUGUUGUUCUUCUACAUGUAAAAGGGGAAGUUUAGUUCGCCACUGAGAGUUUUGAGACACGGUGGACACUUUUCUACACGUUUUGUCCCACGACGGACACGAUGGCGGACAUGUACAUCCAGGAGGAGUUGAAAAACGGCAAUCCGAUUGUAGCUCCGCCCAAUGAAAUCCUAGACGGGGGGCAGGUAGACGACAUGCAGGGCCAGAUGGAGGAGUUCCUGGGCCCACAGGCAGAAUACAACGAGGAGGAGGAAGAGAGAAAAUACUAUAGGAGGAAGCGAUUAGGCAUCAUCAAAAACGUUGUUGCAGCAAGUGUUGGAGCCAUGAUUGUGUACAGCGUGUACAUGGGGCUGCUGCAAAUGCAGCUGAUCUUGCAUUACGAUAUGACUUAUCGUGAAGUCAAGUACAGCAACCUGGGCCUGGAGGACAUUGAUCGCAAGAUGCUGCAAGGCAUCAAUGUCACGCCCAUAGUAGCGCUGCUUUACACUCCUAUUCUCAUCCGGUUCCUAGGAACAAAGUGGAUGAUGUUCCUGGCUUCGGGUAUCUAUGCUUUUUUUGUCUCGACCAACUACUGGGAGCGUUACUACACGUUGGUUCCGUCUGCCAUCGCCAUCGGUGUGGCCAUCGUGCCGCUGUGGGCCUCUCUCGGAAACUACAUCACAAGAAUGGCACAGCAGUACUACGAGUAUGUCAACUACAAGGAAGAGCAUGUGCAAGAGCAGAAGAAGAUUCCGAAAGGAGCGUGCCACAAAUACAUCAUCAUCUUCCAGUCCAUCUUCAGCGUCAUCUUCCAUCUGAGCUUCGUCUUUGCGGAGUUCCCCAUGUGUUUCAUCCUCAACGGCAAUCUGCAAGAUAAAGCUCACGUUCUGAGCAACGUCCAUGAAUGUGGAGCCACAAUCACCGGUGUGAUUCGAUUCAAUACCACGGUGCUGAAUCUACCAAGCUCUAUGCGGCUGAUCCAAGUAGAGAGUGUUCUUAUGGGCUUUGCCUUCCUGUCUAUGAUCAUCUUCCUUGUGCUUUGUGGAGCUGCCUACCGCCCGACAGAAGAGAUUGACCUCCGCAGUAUCGGCUGGGGGAACAUCUUCCAGCUUCCUUUCAAACACCUCAGAGACUACCGCCUACGACUGCUCUGCCCUUUCUUCAUCUACAGCGGACUCGAAGUUCUCUUUGCCAUCAGCGGGCUCUCUUUGUCCUACGGCGUUUGCACUUUGGGUCUGAAAAAACUGUGGCUCCUCGUGAUGGUUUAUGGAUUUUCUUGCUCCGUCUUCUCCUCGCUGUCCCUCGGCCUCCUGCGUCUCCCGCGAUGGACAUGUCUGGCAGGGGGCGCUGUUGUGCAUUUUGUGCUGUUGUUGGUUCUCAUGGUGUUUUCUCCGGCUCCCCGAAACCUGGCGUAUGAGGGCCCCCUGCUGGUGAUCUCCAUACUGUGGGGCCUCGGCACAGCCCUAAACAAGACUGGAGUCAGCAUCUUGCUUGGUAUUUUGUAUGCGGAGGAGAAAGAACGCCUGGACUUUGUCUUCACCAUCUAUCACUGGUUGCAGGCCAUCGCCAUCUUUGUCGUCUAUCUCUGGUCAGGGUUGCCUAUGAGGGUCAAACUUGCCAUCCUGUUGGCAACUUUGCUGCUAUCUUGCUACUGCUACUGGCUAAUGGAGCGCCGCCUAAUGAAGAAAGAACGCCAUCGACUUCCCCGCAUACCACGACCGAAGCACAAGGUCAAAGGCUAUCGCUACCUGGAAGACGGCAACUCAGACGAGUCAGACUCGGAGAAAAGCGAGGAGGAUGAUGUCGAGGAAGAGGAGCAGUUGGCGAAUGAGAUGGGAGCGCUGGACAUGCAGAAUGAACGCCAGGACGGCGGGAUACUGGGGGGUGACUCACUCAGGGCCAGGAGGAAGAGGGUAGAGGGUGAGCAGCACAGAGAGGAGGAUGCACAUGUAAUGGAGGGCCACAUAGAGUGAUUUUGCUAUUUUUAAAGCGACAAUUAGCAUGGAUUUAAAUUCAAUGGUACAGGGAAUUCACCAAAUAUGUCAGCUAGUGUAUUAGUGUAGCAAACCACAUUUUUAUGGACAUAUUUUACAGACCUCCCACCCAACCCCAGAUGAUGAUUUUACUGACUUCAUGUGAGUUCAGGCACCAGCUGAGCUGAACGGAUGUUUUGUGAAACAACCCAACAUGUGUCUCAGCUUGUCCUGGUGACACUAAUAGGCCAGGGGUGUCAAAAAACAACAACAGUAAAACUAUAGGGCAAGAGAGCAAGAAAAAACUGAGUGCAAUAUGAGUAAAAGUAGACAUUUUCAAAGUAAUAAUUACUAAUAAUAUACCUUUUCACAAAGCUGACACAAAGUUGUUCAAGUAUAUAUAAUGUCUGUUUUCAACAUUUUUUAAAAGAAAACAAAAACAUAUCAAGAUACUUUGACUUUCAGUGACAAAAAUUUGGACACCACGGGUCUAAAUAAUUAGAAGCUCUAAAAAUUAAAUAAAAAUAUAAACAGAGUUUAGUUAUUUAGUAAGUUAAAUGGAAUAUAACAAUGAAUAAACAAAGUAAUACUAUUAACUCUUGAAUAAUGAAUUUGAAAAAUGUAAUAAAUGUAUGACUUUGUAUUAAUGUUUUUGUGCAAGCAGAAUUUUUGACAAACUAAGUUAUGAAGUUACACAAUAAUAAUAUUUUUUUUUUGUUAUUGUUAUUAUUCUGAUUGUUAUUAUUAUAUUCUUAUAAGAGGAGUUUGUAACAUUUUGUCAAAAACAAAAAUAACUUAAAAACAGUACAAAUUUUACAAAAAAAAAGCAAAAAGCCUAAUGUAAUGAGAAAAAGCUGACAUUUUACUAAUAAUAAUUAAUCAUAAUAUUUUUUUUCACCUAUAACACAAGGCUGACACAAAAUUGUGUCUUUAAAUGUAUAUAAUGUCUGUUUUGAACAUUUCUUUCUGCAUAAUUUGGCUUUUCAAUAUGCAAGUUUGGACACCCCUUUAAUAGACUAUGCAGUACCACUCACAAGUUUAUAGACAAUGAGUCAAUGAGCAACUUCCGAAAGUGUCUCUAAAAUUUUGACUGUUCUGUAUAUGAAUUUGGUAUGUCGGAUUAAUCGCUUGUUGGCGCUAUCAGGUACACAUUUUGUUAUUGGUCUUCGAGUUGCUCUAAAGCAGGGGUGUAGGGAGAAAAAAAAAGGCUAAAAGCAAUCCAAUAUGCUAAGAAGUUGUAUACAGUGUUACCUCAGGAUAUAAGCGCCCCAGCCCAAGUAGUAUACAAGUAUACAACUUGUCUCUCAGUGAAUUAUAAUUAUGCUUUAGUUUAAGAACACAAAUUGGAGUUACGAGCCUCCCCACCACUAGUUGGCGUAGCGAUUGUCACAGUGAACUCCAUACGAUCCGACCAAAACAUCCAGUCUUACUUGUUGGCAUUAGCUUAUAUUUAGAGAUAGACAUAACUUUCUUUUUCCAAGCAUAGGACAAACGAAAGUUAGUGUGAAGGACAGUGCUGAGAAGAAGAUGAUGAUGAUAUUCAUUGAAUUAAAGAAAUAAAUAAUCAAAACAUGACAGAGCGUGUAUAGCUAUCUAACUUGCUGAAACGGUACGAACGUAGCACUGCUCGCCAGCACCAUACUGAAGCAGAAUGAGUCGAUAACGCCAGCCAAGGACGUAAUAAUAAUAUUUAAACGGCCAACAAUUAUCCAUGAAAAUAUGGAGAAGCUGCUGUGUUUGACAGAGAGGUACUGCAGAAGUCCACACUUCAUGGUUAAUACUCUACAUUAUUAUUACAUUACUUUAUAAUACUACUGAAGUUUUUUGUACUACGGUACAUCCAGUUCUGCUUACCAAAAGUGGCCAACUCGCUUCAUUCCAUGUCAGCGAGCCUUUGCAUUGCAUUGUUUUAUACAAUACUAUCUAAAAGGUUGUUUUAUUUUUAAGAUGAAUGUUAAAUGUUGACAUGUUGAUGUUUCAAUUGAAUUGAUUUUAAUUUAUUUUAAAGGGCGACAUUGUUUCUCCAGGUACGAGCUGCGUCACAGAACCAAUUACAGUUCUAUCCUGAUGUACUAGGUUUUCAAGAAAGAAACAGCUUGCAUGUUAGCUUUGUGUUCUUAGCAUCAACAUUUCAACUUUUUUUCCCUUGUGUUAUAUAGUUUUUGCUGUUUGUGUUUAUAAAAUGUACACUCUUUACACCACUGUUCUGUUCCGAUGAAACGUGACCUUUUCCAUGAUGACAACAUAAUACGUUGUGACCGAUACCAAAAAUAAUAGACUAGUGUUGCCAUAACAUUUCAAAAAAGAAAAUGCUUGAAAAUACACAUACUGGAAGGUAUUGCCUAAUUAGAAUAUUUUUUUUGCUGUUGAAGACUUCCUGUGUUUUUUCUUAAUUUAUAUGUUUUUUUCAGUUUUGCAUUAAAUAUGAAUCACACUAACCUUUGCUGUGGUGUCAUUUGGAAAUAGUAUUGCCAAAAAAAUCACUACCUAUUGUUCUUAC